AUGGCAACUGCCCAGGCUCAAGACAUUUCCACCAAAUAUACAGGUGCUCAGCAAGAUUUAGAGAGUCUGGUGAUCGCGAGACAGAAGCUGGAAACGCAAUUGCAAGAAAACAAAAUUGUGCAAGACGAGUUCGAUACACUUAAGGAUGACACUCAAGUUUACAAGCUGACUGGGAGUGUUUUACUUCCCGUGGACCAAGACGAGGCCAAGAACAAUGUUAGCAAACGGUUGGAGUUUAUAUCUACUGAAAUCAGUCGGUGUGAAGAGAACAUCAAGAACAAGCAAACAGAACUUGAAACAUUAAGGUCACAACUAGUGCAAUUGCAGUCUAGCAUGCAACAAUCGUGA